AUGAGCUUCUUUCUUCGUAUCAUUCUUCUUUUCUUCUUCUCUUUUUCAAGUGUUUUAAACACUUUUUCUUCUCUUACACGGAACUUGUGUCGUCCCGUCCAAAAAGACGCACUUCUUGAGUUCAAGAAGGAGUUUGAGAUUCGAAACACUGGUGAGUUUCAAGAUUGGGAUGUUUAUGGUCUUCUAGUUUCGAUAAACUUUAUAUCUUAUCCGAAGACGGAAUCAUGGACAAACAAUAGUGACUGUUGUAAUUGGGAUGGCAUCACUUGUGAUGAUGAGUCAGGUGAGGCGAUUGGGCUAGACCUUAGUGGCAGCAACCUCCAUGGAAAUUUCAAACCCAAUAGCAGUCAUUUUAGAUUGCAACAUCUCCGAGAUCUAAACCUAGCUCACAACAAUUUCACUGCAUCUCCAAUCCCGGCUAGACUCCAUACACUAAAGCGGUUAGAAACACUUAACCUUUCACGCUCUUCAUUUUCAGGUCCAAUCCCUAAAGAAAUCCUUCAUCUAACUAGUGGUUCAAUCCCAUUUUCACUUGGAAACUGUUCUUGUCUUACCUCACUUUGCUUCACUGGUAACAAUCUCGUUGGUGAAAUCCCAUCUUCUUUCAGCAAUCUAAACAACCUCAUCUACUUAAAAGCUGGGUCUAAUAGACUCACCGGUAACUUCCCAGUUGCACUACUAAAUUUGACAAAGCUUUCAUAUUUAAAUCUCUACUCCAAUGACUUCACAGGCACGCUUCCUCCUAACAUCACUUUACUCUUCAACUUGGAAGAUUUUGAUGCAAGCAAAAACUCUUUCGUUGGAAGUCUCCCUUUUACCUUCUUCACCAAUCCUUCUUUAAGUUCUAUCUUUUUGGAUGAUAACCAACUCAACGGCAGGCUUGACUUUGGGAAUAUGUCUACGCCGUCUUAUCUAAAAGAGUUUUCUAUUGCCGGAAACAAUUUAAGAGGUCCAAUCCCAAGAUCCAUAUCCAAAUUAGUCAACCUUGAGUUACUUGAUAUUUCCCAUCUCAAUAGUCAAGUCCAAGUUGACUUUGGUAUCUUCUCGCAUCUCAAGUCACUCCAUACCUUGUAUCUCUCUGGUAACCAUGUUUCAGGCACAAACAUGAGUUCAAACUCACAUCAUCCAUCGCAACUGAGUCAUGUGUACUUGUCAGGAUGCGGUAUCGUAGAGUUUCCAGAGUUUACAAGGACAAAACAAGAUAUGAAGGUGUUAGACCUUUCCGACAACAAAAUCAAAAGUCACGUCCCUGCAUGGCUAUGGACACUACCAAAGUUAGAGUACGUGGAUCUUUCCAACAACGAUCUCACUGGAUUUGAAGAAGGGUCAACGAAACAUGGACUAAACCCUAAUACAGAAUCAUCAUCUUUGAAGCACUUUAUCGGCUCCAACAACAAUUUCAGUGGAGAAAUUCCUUCCUUCAUAUGUUCGUUUCACUCUCUACGCAAUCUCAAUUUAUCCAACAACAACUUUAGUGGUUCGCUACCUUGCUGUUUGGGAAUUCACAAGCGUCGAAAUCAUCUCCCAGAGACAAUAUUUGACAAUCUGAGGUCAUUUGACGUCGGCCACAACCAACUUGUGGGAAAGCUCACAAGAUCUUUCAUGAGUUUCUCUAUUCUUGAAGUUUUCAACAUCGAAAGCAAUAAAAUCAGAGACACGUUUCCGUUUUGGUUGAGUUCUCUACACAAGCUACAAGUUCUCAACUUACGCUCCAAUGCAUUCUACGGACCGAUACAUCAAACCCGGUUUCCUACCUUGAGAAUCAUUGACAUAUCGCAUAAUCAUUUCAACGGGACAUUGCCAUCAGAUUUCUUUCUGAAUUGGCGUGCAAUGUCCUCAGCUGAUGAAGUUCAAAACUACAUGGGAGAUGAACAAGGCGAAUACUAUGAUUCAAUGGUUUUGAUGAAUAAAGGUGUAGAGAUGGAGAUGCAAUUUAUCUCAACAAUCUACACAGCUAUUGACUUCUCAGGAAACAAAAUUCAAGGAGAGAUUCCAAGGUCCAUUGGUCUACUGAAAGAGCUUGUUGUCCUCAACUUGUCACACAAUGCAUUCACUGGCCACAUCCCAUCAUCUAUGGCCAACAUGAUAGAGCUCGAGUCGCUAGACCUAUCCCAAAACAAUCUCUCAGGAGAAAUUCCACAGGAGCUAGGGGUUCUUUCAUUUCUUGCGUACAUGAACUUCUCCCAUAACCAGCUCGUUGGACCAGUACCAGGGGCCACUCAGUUUCGAAGGCAAAAUUGUUCUUCUUUCGAGGGAAACCUGGGACUUUUUGGCUCUUCUCUUGAUGAAGAUUGCAAAGAUAUCCACUCUCCAACAUCGCAACAAUAUGAAACGCCAGAGCCACAAGAAGAAGAAAAAGAAGACGAAGAAAUGUUUAUUUGGAUUGCAGCUAUGAUAGGAUUUGUACCUGUUAAGUUAACAAUGGCUCUACGUGUUGUUGGUGGCCCCUUUGGCACAAAUAUGGGAGUAGAUCACUUUGACGAUGGGACUCACGUUGGAGGAGUACAGAGCAUCGUAACAGGUUUCAUCCAAAAUGAGCUUACCUUCCUCCGCUUAGUCUACAUCAACGAACAGAACGAGACGACCGAAGUAACCCACGGUGAGUAA